AUGGUGACAAUCCCUCUAUCGCUCUCUUUCUUUCUUUCUUUCUUUCUUUCUUUCUUUCUUUCUUUAUCUAUCUAUCUAUCUAUCUAUCUAUCUAUCUAUCUAUCUAUAUACGUAUAUCUAUCUAUCUAUCUAUCUAUCUAUCUAUCUAUCUAUCUAUCUAUCCGAUUCUAUUCUAUUUCAGCAUGUAUAUACGCUUUCCUAUCUAUCUAUCUAUCUAUCUAUCUAUCUAUCUAUCUAUCUAUCUAUCUAUCCCUGCCUUUUUAUAUCUAUCUAUCUAUCUAUCUAUCUAUCUAUCUAUCUAUCUAUCUAUCUAUCUAUCUAUCUAUCGAAGUAGAUACAUAUAAUUUGCCUAUCUAUCUAUCUAUCUAUCUAUCUAUCUAUCUAUCUCUUUUAUCCCACGCUUUCUUUUUUCCCUUUUUCUUUCUUUUUUUUACUUCACUCCCCCCCCCCCUCUCAGUCUCUAAUGUACAUAUGCACUUCCUGUCAAUUUAUUUCUCUAUGUUCAGAUAUUUUUCCAAUGUUAUCUAUCUAUCUAUCUAUCUAUCUAUCUAUCUAUCUAUCUAUCUAUCUAUCUCAGUCUGUACAUCUAUCUAUCUAUCUAUCUAUCUAUCUAUCUAUCUAUCUAUAUUCGUAACUAUCUGUUUCAAUCUGUUUCUAUCUCUGUUCGUAUCUAUCUAUCUAUCUAUCUAUCUAUCUAUCUAUCUAUCUAUUGGUUGCAAUAUCUUUUUUGUUUGGUUGUAUCUUUCUCGCUCUCUCUUUCAAACAAUCUAUCUGUCUCGCUCUGUUUCUAUCUAUCUAUCUAUCUAUCUAUUCAUCUAUCUAUUGGUUGCAAUAUCUUUUUUUGUUUGUUUGUAUGUCUCUCUCUCGCUCUCUAUUUCAAACUAUCUAUCUAUCUAUCUAUCUAUCUAUCUAUCCAUAUCUAUCUAUCUAUCUAUCACAGUCUGCUCGUAUGUAUCUAUAGCACUCUGUUUCUAUCUAUCUAUCUAUCUAUCUAUCUAUCUAUCUAUCUAUCUAUCUAUCUAUCCUAUUCUAUUUAAGUAUAUAGACAUAAUUUUCCUAUUUUAUCUAUCUAUCUAUCUAUCUAUCUAUCUAUCUAUCUAUCUAUCUAUCUAUCUAUCUAAACCUUCUUCAUUAAACCCAACUGUCUCAAACCGUUCAUAUCUAUCUAUCUAUCUAUCUAUCUAUCUAUCUAUCUAUAUUCGUAACUAUCUGUUUCAAUCUGUUUCUACCCACUCUGUUCGUAUCUAUCUAUCUAUCUAUCUAUCUAUCUAUCUAUCUAUUAGUUGGAAUCUCUUUUCUGUUUGUUUGUAUCUCUCUCUCCCUCUCUCUUUCAAUCUAUCUAUCUAUCUAUCUAUCUAUCUAUCUAUCUAUCUAUCUAUAUCUAUCACAAUUCUGUCCCCACGAUUGCACAAGAAUAGAAGUGACAAGUGGCGGGAGGUCAUGAACGACAAACGCAAACUCAUUCAUUUCCCGCUGUCAUUCAUAUGUGGCACACUCAAACCGUUCAUAUCAUCUAUCUAUCUAUCUAUCUAUCUAUCUAUCUAUCUAUGUAUUGGUUGCAAUCUGUUCUGUCUUUCUUUACAUCUCUCUUUCAUCCUAUCUAUCUAUCUAUCUAUCUAUCUAUCUAUCUAUCUAUUGCAAUCUGUUUCUAUCUAUCUAUCUAUCUAUCUAUCUAUCUAUCUAUCUGUUGAAAUCUGUUUCUAUCAUUGUUUUCUCUCUCUCUCUCUCUCUCUCUAUCUAUCUAUCUAUCUAUCUAUCUAUGUAUUGGUUGCAAUCUGUUCUGUCUUUCUUUACAUCUCUCUUCAUCCCAUCUAUCAUCUAUCUAUCUAUCUAUCUAUCUAUCUAUUGCAAUCUGUUUCAUCUAUCUAUCUAUCUAUCUAUCUAUCUAUCUAUCUAUCUAUCCAUCUAUCUGUUGAAAUCUGUUUCUAUCAUUGUUUUCUCUCUCUCUGGAAAUCUAUCUAUAUAUCUAUCUAUCUAUGUAUUGUUGCAAUCUGUUCUGUCUUUCUUUUUACAUCUCUCUUUCAUCCCAUUCAUUCAUUCAUCUAUCUAUUCAUCCAUCUAUCUAUCUAUCUAUCUAUCUAUCUAUCUAUUGCAAUCUGUUUCAUCUAUCUAUCUAUCUAUCUAUCUAUCUUCAUCCAUUCAUCUAUCUAUCUAUCUCAUCUGUUGAAAUCUGUUUCUAUCAUUGUUUUCUCUCUCUCUCUCUCUCUCUAUCUAUCUAUCUAUCUAUCUAUCUAUGUAUUGGUUGCAAUCUGUUCUGUCUUUCUUUACAUCUCUCUUUCAUCCUAUCUAUCUAUCUAUCUAUCUAUCUAUCUAUCUAUUGCAAUCUGUUUCAUCUAUCUAUCUAUCUAUCUAUCUAUCUAUCUAUCUAUCUAUCUGUUGAAAUCUGUUUCUAUCAUUGUUUUCUCUCUCUCUCUCUCUCUCUCUAUCUAUCUAUCUAUCUAUCUAUCUAUGUAUUGGUUGCAAUCUGUUCUGUCUUUCUUUACAUCUCUCUUUCAUCCCAUCCAUCUAUCCAUCUAUCCAUCUAUCUAUCUAUCCAUCCAUCCAUUGCAAUCUGUUUUCUAUCCAUCCAUCUAUCCAUCUAUCUAUCCAUCCAUCUAUCUAUCCAUCUGUUGA